AUGUUGGUCCCCCACUCCCACAUUGGACAAGACAAAAUUUCUGAAUACAGAAGUGAUAAGAGACAUGCCACAGCAGAAUUCUCCACCAACUUUGCACUUGGAGAUGCAUUUGAUUACGCCGUUGAGCAACUUGGGGUACGGGGUGCACUUUCCACUGUGACUAUAUCAGAUGGCAACCCAAAGAACAAUCUCCAAUUGCUUCCAGGUUUCUCCUUCAUUAAUGUGGGAGAUCUCAAUCAUCAAAGUGACGACAGGCAGUAUCUCCCACUUCAUCCAAGUACCAGUACGACUGGUUCAAAAAUGUCUAUUCCCAAGAAUCUUGUCAAGGAUCACUGCUCUGACGAUUCAUUCUCUGCGUUCCUUGCCAGAGUGUUCUUCCUCAUUUGCAUCUCAUUCGGCAUUGAGAAAGAAAUGUGCCCAUUCCUCAUUCAGCUUCCAACAGUACAGGAGACCAAUGACUCUUUGUUGAAGAGAGGAAACAUUGGGACGAAACAGCGCAACCUUCGGUCUAUGAGGUGGAUCCCCAAUCAAAACUGGCACAUGUAUGUGGAUGAAGAAACACUUCUGGCAGCUGGGGCCCAACCAAAACUGUCUCCACAACCAAACCAUUCCUCUACCAAUUUACUCAGCAACAAGCCUUCUCACCAGAUUGUUCACUAUGAUGCUCCCAAUUUGAGGGAGGCAAUGAAUGAUCCCAAUCAUGAGCUGUACCAGAAUCAAGAGAAUGCAUUGACCCUUCCCGGCUCCGUGAUCAUUCCCAUUCUUCAAGAUCAAUCUCGGCGUAUCUACAUUCGAGGACCAAACAAUUCACUUGAUAUCCAAUACAACAAAGCCCUUUUCUUUGAUGGUGCACUCUAUCACGGUGGCUGGACAUACAAGUGGGAUGAAGUUGUUGUAACUGAUGCAGGAGGGGGGACCAUGCGACGAAUGUGGAAACCAGCAUACCAUGCUCACAUUGAAUCAAUCUAUCUUCAGCGAGAAAAACAGUACCUUGGAUUGGCAGUCAGGGAGGCUCUUGUCAAACAAGAAGUUGUACCAGAGGGACAUCAUGUUUCAAAGCUCAAGGAACCUCAUAUCAUUACCGAUGAGCUCGAAUAUCAGUCUGCUGUGGCUGCCAGUAUUCUGUUGGCUGAAACCAAGAAGCUCAAAGCAGACUAUUCCAACAUGGGAAUUGCCAAACAAGUGAUGUAUGCGGCCAUCAAUCCAGAUGAAAGGCAUUUGCCGGAGAGAAUGAAACUAUCAAUCCAAAAAAUUCCAGAGCUUUCCCAAGGUGAGAACUCAUCUGUUCUGGGAAAUUCCAUCCAUCUGAUGAGGAAGUCUUUGGCAAUAAUGCAAGAAACGAGCAGGGGUAUCUGUCCCCCACAAGACAAGGUCAUUUUGAAUGAUCUUAUGAAAACAAUGGAAUCAUAUGCGAGUCAGUGUUCUGCAGCAGUAGAAAAGGAUUCAAGCAACCACCCGAAAAAGACCUAG